AUGCCGAGUCGCCAAAAGAAAAUAAUAUUUUGUUUUGCUGGCAUUUUGAGUUUUGCUUGUGUCCUGGUUGUCGCGGCUGCGAUGGGAACACAAUUUUGGGUGAAGGGAACCGUUCUGUGCAAAACUGGUGCUCAGCUGGUCAACGCCACUGGACCUGAACUGGACAAAUUCGUUGGGAAGAUAAACUACGGUCUUUUCCAUGGACAGCGAGUGAAGCAAUGUGGGCUUGGUGGGAGACCCUUCCGGUUCUCCUUUUUCCCCCACCUGCUGGACGUGAUCCCGGCAAGCCUCCACAUCAGCGUGAUCCUCUUCUGCUCCGUGCUCAUCGUCUUCUCCUCCGUGGCCUCGGCCUUCUUCCUGUUCAACGCCUUCGGCAGUCCCUACGAGACCCUGCACGGCCCCCUGGGCCUGUACCUGUGGAACUUCAUCUGCUGUUUCUGCAGCUGCCUCGUGAUGAUCCUCUUCGCCUCCGAGGUGAAUCUCCACCGGCUAUCAGAAAAGAUCGCCAACUACAACGAGGGCAGCUUCGUGUACAAGACCUACACGCAGCAGUUUGACCGCUCCUUCUGGAUGAUCUUCUUCACUUUCCUGGCUCAUGCCCUGAACAUCCUUCUGAUCCGCAUGGCUGGAAUCCAGUUUCCCUUCCAGGAGGCCAAAGAGGCGGACAUGAACACGGGGGGCUCGGAUCUCAUGUACUGACGGGCCCUUGUUUCGGGCCCCCGGACUCGGUGCUUCUGUGACACGGAGCUUCUGCUGUUACCUGUCCUCAAUGGGCGUCUUACAGCAUCCGUUUUUCCGGUCCAUUCACUCGAUGAAGGACAAGGCAAAUCCGACCCUCUUAAGCCGCUAAU